AGGUACAAGGUCUAACAUGCUGUCGGAGCAUAACAUUUUGCUUGUAAAAAUUAUUUAAAAGGACUGUGCAUCUUUCAAAGGAUUUCAUUGAUCGCUCGUUAACGUUGGCAUUGCAUCGAAGCCAGGAUUCGAAUUUUGUUUAAAAGUAGAGUAACACUUCAUUUAAGAAAUGAAGAAAUAUGUUGAUGAUGUAACAUGCAAAACAACAAUGACUGGUAAAAAUUUUUAUUUGUGUCAAGCAAACACACCAACAUCACUUGAAGAGGUUUGCCACUCACACACAGCUGACUCAAUUAAUCCAUUUGAUUCUGUACUGAAUCACUUGAUUCUACAUGGUCAACCUGAUUUGAAACUGCCUUCAACAGAUUUCUACUCAUCAAACUUGAACUCAAGCAUUCCACCUGAAUAUGAGUGGGAAAAUUCUUGCCCAUAUGACUUGGACAAUGAUGAUGAUAAAGGAAGUAAUAUGGACAGUCAUCACUCUAUCCAGCCGACAGCACAUACUAUAUGGAAAGAUGGAGAAGAGUAUGGAAAGAAAGAGUUUGACCAAGUUAGUGGGUUCCAUUUUAGAACUGCUACUCAAGACAAUGAUGAACAUAUUGAUAUAGACAAAAAUUCACUUACUCCUGUGUCAUCCAAUGAACUUCAAAGUUGUGAUUCAUUUAUACCAACUCAUCAAUAUGACUUUCAGUUGUCCAGAACAUUAGACACUGAAGCAUUCAAUACAUGUCCAAGUGACUUGGACCAAAUUGAUGACAAAGACACUGUCAGCACAAUUCCUUAUCUUCUGCAAUCUCCAAGUAAAAAAGAGCCUGAAAACAUACAAGAGAGGGAUGAUCCAUCAAAUUCUAAGUCAUCAAAUACAUGCAAAUCCAAGUCACUUUUUCCUUCUGUUUCUGAAUUGAAUCUAUCAGAAUCCAACUCAUAUAAUCACUUUCAUUCACCAAAUCAAUCAGAUACUAUGUCUUUUAAUCUUUCACAUAAUUCACAUUUGGAUGCAAACAACCAAUCAGUUUCAUAUUCACUCCAAACUUUGGAUUCAGAGUUGUGUAAUAUUGAGGUUCCCAAGUCACUUGAUCUAAUGGAUUCUGAGGAAUCAGAUUCAACUGUUUCAGAGUCUGUGGAUCAAUCCAAAUUCAAAACACUAAAUCAGUCUCAUGCCAGGUCACCUUGCCUUUCUUAUUUUGAGUUACCUCAUUCACUUGAUUCCAAUUCAAUUAAUCUCUCCAAUUCAGAAUUCUUUCAAUCACUAGAUUUGUUAGUAUCUGAACCAUUUGAAUCAGAUUCACCUGAUAUAUUUGAUUCUAGUUUACCAAUUCCACCUGGUUCUGAUUCACUAUACUCAUCUGAUACUAAUUCACAUGAUUCAUCGGAAUCUAAUCCUACUGUUUCAUUCAAUCCUAAUUCAUUUGAUCUAUCUUAUCCAUAUUUAGCAGAUUCAUUUAAUUCUCACUCAACUAUUUUGUCCAAUUCAAAUGAUUUUUCAAAUUCUGGCGAAAGUUCUCAUCCAAAUUCAUUUCAAUCCAACUCAUCUCAAUCAAAUUCACCUGAUUCUAAUUCACCAAAUCCUCGUGACUCUGAUUCAAAUGUUCCAUGGAAGUCUGACUCUACUAUUUUACCUGCUUCUGAUUUACCAUAUUCAUCUUAUCCCAAUUCCCCUGAUUUGUUGAAUUCAGACUCAUUAGAUUUGGACUCAAGAAGCUUGCCAUGUCUAUCUCAUUCAAAUUCACCUGUAUCAGGCUCACCAUAUUCACCAGUUUCACCCGAGCCACCAGAUCCACCAGAUGCAUUACAUUCUCAUUCUUUACAUUUAUCAGAAUUAGAUUCAAAUUCAUCUGAAUCAGAUUUAUCAUAUCCAUCUGAUUCUGAUUCUUUAGAUCCAUCGCUUUCUAACUCAAAUGAUUCGUCUGAUUCUGUGAACAGUUUUGAUUCAAGUUCACCUGAAUCAGAUGCACAAGAUGUGCCUGAAGCAUCUGGUUCUGAUUCAUCAGAUUUUUCCGAUUCAGAUUCGUUGGAAUCUGAUACAACAAAUUUAUUAGAUCAAUUAGAUUCUGAUUCAUCAGUGUUGCAUUCAACAGAUUGGCCAUGCUCAUGUGAUACUGAUUUAGAUCCACCAGAAUUGGGGUCAAAUUCAUUUGAAUCAGAUUCAAAUUCAUUUGAAUCAGAUUCAGCAUAUUCACCUGAUCAAUCUCAUUCUGAUUUACCAAAUCCAUCACAUUUUGAUUUAUCAGCUCUAUCUUAUGAUUCAUAUUUAAAAGUAGCUUUCCUAAUCCACAAGAUUCUGAUCCGAUGGACUCGAAUUCAAGUGAUUUCAAUACAGCUCUUCAUUCUCAUCCAUCUACAUUACAUGUUAAUCCAUCCACAUGAUUUGGGAUUACUUCAUCUACCAGAUUCUGAUUUUGCAACUUUAUAUUCCAAAAAUGACCACAAUGACAAUGAUGAACAUCCACAGUAUUUGCAGGUAAAAAGUGGAAAUGAUGCAGAACCAAAUGCAAGGGUAAAUGAUUGCAUUGAGCUUGAGGGAGACGAUGUUGAUCAAGGUAUUGAAAUCAAUUCACUUUUGUCUAUUAAAGAAAUUGCAGAGCAGGAUGAUAUUGAUAGAAGUGUUGGGAUAAACCCACUCCUUCCUAUCAAAGAAAGUGAGGAAGAGCAUGAUUUUGAACAAGGUGUUGCCAUAAACCCACUCCUCCCAAUCCAGGAAAGUGAGGAACAGCAUGAUUUUGAACAAGAUUUUACCAUAAACCCACUCCUCCCAAUCCAGGAAAGUGAGGAACAGCAUGAUUUUGAACAAGAUGGUGCCAUAAACCCACUCCUCCCAAUCCAAGAAAGUGAGGAGCAGCAUGAUUUUGAACAAGAUGUUGCCAUAAACUCACUUCUCCCAAUCCAGGAAAGUGAGGAACUGUAAAAUUAUUACAUUGAUAUGACGAAAAAUGAUUUGGAAAAGGAUUGUAUAUGGUGGUGAAAUUUUUGACGCAUAUACUUCAAUGAUUCGUACAAACGUUUGUAGACUAAACAUUCGUUGUCAUUUGUGCCUGAUUAUAUAACGCUCAUUCAACAAAGUACUUGCAUGAUUGAUUCUGAUGUAUUCUUCAAGUUUUAUAAUAUUACAAUAAUAACUAAUCGUUCAUUGCAUGAAUUAUGAUAAUUAAAUAUUAUAAUAAUUUUUUCAAAAACUUAUGUUAUGACCUUAAAUCUUAUGUUUAUUGAUGCUUUAUAUGACUAAUUGUGCUUAUAUCAAUGUUUUAAGAAAAUGCAAUCUACAAUA